CGACAUCCACUCACUCACUCGACAAGUCGAGUCCCGGACCAACUACACCAACUGCUUUCACGGCGGCAAUGAAGAUCUCGGCCAUUGCGACGUUCAGCGUGACAGCGCUACUGGUGGUGGCUGCCGCUGAGGAGGGCAGCGCCACGCCGUACCCGACAACGGCCACGACCAUGACCACGCCCGUGUACGACGACGACCUGGGCUGCUGGGCCAUCAGCGUGGAGCACGACGCGACCUACUGCAUCAACGGACCCAUCUGCAGCGGCUCGGGUGCCUCGCCCGCUGGCACGCUUUGCCCCGUCAAGGGCGACGUCGCUAUCGCUGACUGCCACUCGUACCUGGCGAGCUACAGCAGCGACGAUAGCUGCGUGCUGCCGGUGGACGCAACGUGCCAGGUCAUCAAGACCGGUGCGUGGGGCUGCGUGCUCUCGGGCUCGGCCACGCCGGCACCAACCACCACUUCCACCUGCGACGACGGGAGCUGCGAGGAGGAAGCGACCCCGGCUCCGACCAAGACGUGCGACGGAGACUGCGAGGAGACCAUCGCGACUCCAUGCCCCACCGCGACCACGACCACGGUGCCGACGUCGACCCCGACAACCACAGCGACUCCGUGUCCGACAAGCACCAAGGUGCCGACGCCAACUGCAACGGUAACGCUUUGCCCGGAACCGACCACGAAGCCGUGCCCGACCUGCACCGAGGCUCCCACGGCGACCCCGACGUCCCCUCCGACGCCGACGCCAACCGCGUGCACCGGCAACUGCACUCACAGCGGCAGCGGUUCGUUCUCCGGCAACGGCAGCUACGUGGGCAACAACACGAUCAAGGCCGAGACGACCGAGUCGACAUCGUCUUCUAGCGGAGUUUCGGCCGGUGUGAUCGGCGCCAUUGCGGCGGCCGCGGCCGUGGUCGCUGUUGUUGCAGGCGCCGCCAUCUACAAGCAGUACAACAAGAAGCUGGACGAGGAGGCGGCCCUAGAGCACUACCACGUCGACGUGGUGACCCCGUAAAGCGCGCGGAGAGAAGAUCUUCUUCCUCUCCACGAGGAAGACGGCGACGACAUCUGCCGCUGGGUCGGCGGGGCGUACGACCAAGACUGUCCGCGCUGCAUUCGAGUGCCUCUACUUGCUUGUUCUCAUUGUCUCUACUACUUAGCGCAGCGCUUGCUACGGUAAUUUUCCUCCUUUUUGACAAAAAUCACAUUGCGGACGGUCUCAAUACGUGUUCCAUACUGAACACGACUCAAAAUGUUCAACGUUUAUGCAAUAUUUUGACAACC